CAUCCGCUCGUGUUGCUCCGAUGUUCUCUGACGAAUAAUGACAUUUAAUCAGAAAAUACGGACGCUUUGAUUAGUUCAUGCAGACCGGCGUUUAGUUUAACUCUUAUUUACUGAAUUACGGAGUUACGCUGGAAAGUAGAGACUCUGGAGGUACUUUUUUUUUUGCCAGAAGCUAACACUAGCCGAGUUCAUUAGCAUUAGCUCUGCGUCGUUGCCCCUGACAACCGAGCCAAGCCAAACGCGUCCUGUUAGCUCUGCGGCUAACGCGGCUAACGAGGAUAAACACGGCGGAGUGCGGCUGAUCGCUGCCUGAAUGUGACCCCCGAGCCCCGGCCCCGAGUCUGUGAGCACCGCGGGGCGAUGGCGGAGGACGGGCGGCGGGGAGAGGAGGAGGACCGCGGCCCUGGAGCGGUGCACCAGGUGUUUGUGGUGAUGGAGAAUCUGCUGGAGAAACUCAAACUGCUGCGCUACGAAGAGCUGCUGGUCCGGCACAACAUGAAGCCCCUGUCCCGACAUUACUUUGUGUCCAGUCCGUACCUGGUGGCAAACCCGGGGGAGCAGUUCUUCAUGUUCUCCGUGCUGGCGGCGUGGCUCUUGAACGCGGCUGGGCGGAACUUCACAGAACCGCAGGAGUUUGACGAGCCCAACGCCACCGUGUCCAACAUCCUGGCAGAGCUACGGACGUUUGGGGUGAAGGUGGACUUUCCUCCCUCUAAGCUCAAAUCUGGCUCUGGAGAGCAGGUGUGCUUCGUGCUCGACCGAUUGGCUGAAGAGGCGCUCAAGAGGCGGGGCUUCUCCUUCAAGCGGCCCGUGUACCCCACAGAGGUCACAGAGGAAGACGAGCAGCUGGAGGAAGACGCAGAGAUGAACCUGAGCCGAGCCGAAGACGAGGUCAUGGAGGAAGCAGAGGACGAAGAGGAGGACGUGAUGGACCUGGACGCUCUCAAACUGCGCUCCACUCACAAGCAGGAGCACGAGUCCCGUCUGAAGCCCGAUGAGAUCCUGGAGUCUACGGUGGACGCAGCCGAGUGGAACCUGGAGGUGGAGAGGGUCCUGCCUCAGCUCAAAGUCACCAUCCGCACGGACAAUAAGGACUGGAGGAUCCACGUGGACCAGAUGCACCAGCACAAAGAGGGCAUCAACUCCUCCCUGACAGACGCCAAGGGUCACCUGAACAAACUGCAGGAGGACAUCAGCAAAACCCUGGAGAAGGUCAGCAGCCGAGAGAAGUACAUCAACAACCAGCUGGAAGGACUGAUCCAGGAGUACAGGAGCGCGCAGGCCAAGCUCCGAGAGGUCAGAGAGCGCUACAAACAGGCAAGCGGAGGAGUCACCGAGAGAACCAGAGUUCUGGCCGAGAUCAGUGAGGAGCUGGAGAAGGUGAAGCAGGAGAUGGAGGAGAAGGGCAGCAGCAUGUCUGACGGAGCUCCUGUGGUUCGCAUCAAACAGGCGGUGAUGAAGCUGAAGCAGGAGACGCAGCAGAUGGAGGUGAGGAUGGGCGUGGUGGAGCACAGCCUCCUGCAGGCCAAGCUCAAGGAGAAGAGCAACAUGACCCGGGACAUGCACCACGUCCCCGACAGCGCCACGGGGCCCUUCAGCUGAGAGUUUUUAUAAAUAUAUGUUUAUUCAUUUCAUUAGAGAUAUUAAGUGUCCAUUUAGCUAUUUACCCGAGUGUAAGCACAUCCAUAUGUCACACAUUAUAUACAUAUAUAUACAUGCACACCUACACAUACAUACAUAUAUACAUACAUACAUACUCUGUAUUCAUUUACCUUAUGUUCAUAACAAUACUCCUUAUUUGUUUAUAUACGCGUGUGGACGCAUGCAUGCACGCACCCACCCACAUACGCACAUGCAUGCGUGCACACACGCACACAUAUACAUACAUAUACACAUUUAAAUCCGUGCACCUAUAUACAUAUAGGCACAUAUACAUAUAUUUCAUAUAUAUAUAUAAUAUAUAUAUAUAUAAAAAAAAUUUUAACACUUCAUAUUAUAAAGGCAGAGCCUAAUAUUAUAUCUAUUUGUAUUCUCCUUGUGUGUGUAUAUAUACAUACAUACACACACACAUAUGUAUACAUAUACACAUACAUACACACACAUACAUAUUCAUAUGUACCCACAUACAUACACACAUAUAUAUAUAUACAUAUAUACACAUACAUACAUAUAUCUACACUCAUAUUUUUCCCUUUAAUCCCUUCCCCCGAUUAAUGACCCCUCACCAAACUAAAUAAAUAAAAAUCACAUUAUGAAUUAAUAAACACACACAUACACAUUCAUACAUAUUCACUCACUCACAUACACCCAUGCACACAUCUAAGGAACAGUCUUCCUGAACAUGUGAGACAGACUCUUCUGUGAUGCUGUUUAAAUCCAGGCUCAAAACAUUUCUGUUUAACUGUGCAUAUAACUGAAAGGUUUUCAUUCCGCACUCUUCUCUCCAAUUUAUGUCUCUCUUUUUACAUUUUAAUCUUCAUGAUUAUUUAUGUUUUGAUUUGUUUUUAUUAUGAUUUUAAUGUAUUUCUUAUUCUGUAAAGCACUUUGAAUUACUUUGUGUACGAAUUGUGCUAUACAAAUAAACUUGCCUUGCCUUGCCUUGCCUAAGGUAGGGUAUACAUUA